ACCCAAAUUUGUAGCCCAAGUAGCUAUAAAAAAGGAAGGGAAUGAGGCCAAUAUCCGAAUUUGUGAUAACGACUCAAAGCGGCAGCCUGCCAGCCAGCCAGCCAGCGAGGGAGCGAGCGAGCGCUAGAGGGUCUGCAAAUUUUAGGGUUUUGGAUUGGGAAGGUCAGGAAGAGAAAGAGCCAGAGACAGAGUGUGAGAGAUUUUUUUAAGAGAGGAUUUGUGAGAUCUUUUGUUUUGAGUGACUUAGGGAUUUCAACGCUUUUCAUUUCUCAGCUCAAUUUAUCCUGUUUACUCGAUGGAACGGAAGCUUGUGGUUUUGGGAAUCCCUUGGGAGGUGGAUACUGAAGGUUUGAGGGAAUACAUGAGUAAAUAUGGUGAUUUGGAGGAUUGUAUUGUCAUGAAGGAGCGAACUACGGGUCGAUCCCGUGGUUUUGGUUAUGUAACGUUUGCAUCGGCUGAUGAUGCGAAGAAUGUGCUAUCAAUUGAGCAUUUUCUUGGUGAGAGAAUGUUGGAAGUUAAAAUAGCUACUCCAAAGGAGGAGAUGAGAGCACCCGUAAAGAAAGUUACCAGGAUAUUUGUGGCCAGGAUUCCACCAUCAGUGGAUGAAUCAACCUUUCGGAGGCAUUUUGAGGAGUAUGGUGAGAUAACAGAUUUAUACAUGCCGAAGGAUCAAGUCUCAAAAGCUCACCGUGGAAUUGGCUUUAUCACUUUUGCUAGCGCAGAAUCUGUGGAGAAUCUGAUGGCUGAUGCUCAUGAACUGGGUGGUUCUACAGUAGUAGUUGAUCGAGCAACACCUAAGGCAAAUGACUUAAAGCCAAUAGGCAGAAUGUCACAGGGGGGGUACGGUGCAUACAAUGCUUACAUUUCUGCUGCCACUAGGUAUGCUGCAGUUGGUGCUCCUACCUUGUAUGACCAUCCUGGCCCCAUGUAUGGAAUAGGAGGGGAGUCCAGCCGAGGGAUGGGCAAAAAGAUAUUUGUUGGCAGACUUCCUCAGGAGGCCACUGCUGAUGAUCUGCGUCUGUAUUUUGGUAGAUUUGGCCGUAUAAUAGACGUUUAUGUUCCUAAGGACCCCAAGAGAUCUGGCCACAGAGGUUUUGGUUUUGUGACUUUUGCUGAAGAUGGAGUUGCAGAUAGAGUAUCUCGUAGGUCUCACGAGAUUUGUGGACAACAGGUGGCCAUAGAUUCAGCAACACCCGUUGAUGAUGCUGGCCCUAGUUUCAUGAUGAAUCCUGCUGGACCAUUUAGAGGUUUUGGUGGUCCAAUGCGCCCCUUUGGUAGGAUGUAUGGAGGACUGCCUUAUGAUGAUUGGGGUUAUGCAAUUGGGAGUGGGAGGCCAUCGAGAGCAGAUUGGCGGUACAGGCCAUACUAAAAGAUGGAGUGGGGAAGUCAAAAGUGUCACUGUUAAAACUUAAAUUAUCUAAAGAUUAUUUCGUGAUUCAAUUAUCAAUAUCAUUUAUUCACAGAUUAUAAAUCAUAUAGUGUGGAGCCUUAGUUUUCAAUGUGUAGGGAAUAUUCCUGUUGAAGUCUCCAAUUAAAACUAUGGUAUUAACUUUUUACA